AUGGACGAAUUUUUUGAUGAUCCAGCUGGCACAAUUGAGACUUAUGUGAUUCCAGAAGUUGCUGCUGAACCUCUUAUGUUUAAUGAUGCAGCAAGACAACCAUUUGAAAUGCCUAUUGCACCUAAUGCUGGAGUUACUCUUGUGAGUGCUGAGCAAUAAAAAAGAAGAGAUAAAUUGAGAGAGCUUGAGGAUGAACGACUUAAGCAGAUAAGAGAAAAAGAUUAGGAAGAAAGAAUUUAAAAAUAAUAACGAAAAGAGAAGGCAUAGCAAUAUUUAUUGCAGUUUUAAACACAAUUGAAAAGUGACAUUCAAGCACGCAAAGAUGCAAAUAAAUAAGUCUAGGAGCUGCGAUCUCAAAAUAAAAGUGAAUAUAAAAACUCUUGGGAUAAGAUAGCAUCCAACAUUGCAUUGAAAGAUGGCGAAUAUCCUGGAGAAAAAGAUGUAAACAAAAUGAGACAAGCCAUACUUAACAAGAGAAUAGACUUGACUAAGUGAAAAUGUAUAUUGUAAAAUAUAUAUAUAAAUAAUAAUAUUUAA